UUGUAUCCCGCUUUAGGGGGUUGUAUCCCUGUUUGGGGGUUGUAUCACGGGUUUGGGGUUUGUAUCCUGGUUUGGAGGUUGUAUCCCGGCCUGGGGGAUGGUAUCCCGGGUUGGGGAUGGUGUCCCAGUUUGGAGGUUGUAUCUCGGUUUGGGCUCGGUAUCCCGGGUUGGGGGUCGGUAUCCCGAUUUGGGGUCGCUAUCCCGGUUUAGGGGAUGAUAUCCCGGUUUGGGCUGGGUAUCCCUGUUUGGGGGUUGUAUCCCUGUUUGGGGUCGCUAUCCCGGCCCGCUGUGACCGCUCCAUCCCCUCCGUUCCCGCAGUCCUGCUGACGGGCGGCAUCGUGGCCGUGGCGGGGCAGUUCAAGGGCUGGUACUUCGCGGCGUACUCCAUCGCUGCAGGCGUCCUGGUGUGCCUGCUCGAGUAUCCCAGGAGCAAACGGAAAAAGGGCUCCACCAUGGAGAGGUGUGGCCAGAAGUACCUGACAGCCGUGGUGAAGCUGCUGGGGCCCCUCACCAGGAAUUAUUACAUCCGAGCCAUCCUCCACGCUGCCCUGGCUGUCCCUGCUGGAUUCCUCCUCUCCACCAUCCUGGGCACCGUCUGCCUGGGCAUUGCCAGUGGCAUCUACCUGCUGGUGAGUGCAGAGGGGUUUUGGGGGUCUGGGUGAGGGAGGCCACCCCUAAAACUAUUCAUCAGUGCUUCUGUGUGGAUUCCAAAAGCAUUCCCAGAUUGUCCUGAUUGGGAUGGGCAGGGGUCACAUCCUCCUUCCCCCUCUGGUCCCCCUGUGCUUUCCCUGCCCCACAGCCCCUUUUUGGGGUGG